CGUGUAAAUACAGUCACAGGCGGGUGGAAGUGGAAAGCGAGGACGCAUCAGGAUCGAUCUUCCUCUCCGGUUGGUCGGUCGGUCCGCCCAUCCGUAUCCUCCGCCAUUCUCAUUCUCGCAUUCCUUUUUCCGCUCCCCACCCUCCGGCGAUCCACCGUCCAGUCGGUCGGAUCCUCUCUUCCUCUUCUCUCCUUUCUGCCUUCUUCCCGCGAACUGUCCGAGUUCAUCAGGUUCGGGAAUUCCAGGAUCAGAUAUCGUUUUCACGAGAUCGGACUGAGCAUCACCGGUAGUCGAUGGAAAUCGUGGGGUGAGAGGUAGAGGAGAGAUGUCGGGAGGGGAAUUCGGCGACCACGCGUACCUCCUCCGGUCGACGGGUCCGUCGUCCGAUACGGAUUUGGAGUCUCAGGCCGGCAGGGGAGGAAUUCGGGAUCUGUUGAAGCGUUUGGAGCGGGGACUGUCCGGCAGGAGGCUCAGCAGGAAGCACCUGGAUAGGGAGGGUUUACCUAUUUCCCCUCUUCCUCUCUCGUCGUCGCCCUCGGGCUCGUCCGCUCAGCCACACGACGUGCUAGGAGACGGCGCUCCGCCGGAGUGGGCUCUCCUUCUCAUCGGUUGCCUUCUCGGCCUUGCCACGGGUCUCUGCGUCGCUGCCUUCAACCACGGGGUCCAUGUAAUCCAUGAGUGGGCUUGGGCAGGAACUCCAAAUGAAGGUGCUGCUUGGCUCCGGCUGCAGAGGCUAGCUGACACAUGGCAUAGAAUCUUGUUGAUACCUGUAACUGGAGGAGUAAUAGUUGGCAUGAUGCAUAAAUUGCUUGAAAUCAUUGACCAAAUUGACCAGUCAAGAUCUUCUCAGAGGCAAAGCUUUGAUCUGCUGUCUGGAGUAUUUCCAACCAUAAAGGCUAUCCAAGCUGCUGUGACUCUAGGAACUGGUUGUUCAUUGGGUCCUGAAGGUCCAAGUGUUGAUAUUGGUAAAUCAUGUGCAAAUGGUUUCUCCGAAAUGAUCGAAAACAAUAGAGAACGAAGAAUAGCUUUGAUUGCAGCUGGUGCAGCGGCUGGGAUUGCUUCAGGGUUCAAUGCUGCAGUUGCAGGUUGCUUCUUUUCUAUUGAGACUGUAUUACGUCCACUUCGUGCAGAGAACUCUCCUCCAUUUACAACUGCAAUGAUAAUACUGGCUUCUGUCAUAUCAUCAACUGUGUCAAAUGUUUUACUUGGAGAGAGGCCAGCUUUUAUUGUGCCCACGUAUGAACUUAAAUCUGCUGCUGAGCUACCAUUAUAUCUUAUAUUGGGCAUGUUAUGUGGUGUAGUAAGUGUUGCAUUUACUCGUCUUCUGGCCUGGUUUACAAAGUUCUUUGAGCUUCUCAAGGAACGUUUUGGAGUUCCAGAUGUUGUGUGUCCUGCAUUAGGUGGUUUAGGUGCUGGGAUAAUAGCUCUUAGGUACCCUGGAAUUUUGUAUUGGGGCUUUACAAAUGUUGAAGAAAUUCUCCACACGGGAAAGAGUGCUUCUGCUCCUGGAAUCUGGUUAUUGGCUCAACUCUCAGGUGCUAAGGUAGUAGCUACUUCUCUGUGUAAGGGGUCAGGGCUUGUGGGUGGCCUGUAUGCCCCUAGCCUGAUGAUUGGUGCUGCAGUUGGUGCUGUUUUUGGUGGAUCUGCUGCAGAAAUCAUAAACUCAGCCAUUCCUGGAAAUGCUGCUGUUGCUCAGCCACAAGCAUAUGCAUUAGUUGGGAUGGCUGCAACAUUAGCUUCAGUUUGCUCUGUUCCAUUAACUUCUGUUUUGCUUCUUUUUGAGUUGACUAAGGACUACAGAAUUUUGCUUCCUCUCAUGGGGGCUGUUGGAUUAGCAAUAUGGGUUCCUUCAGUUGCAAAUCAACCCAAGGACAAUGAAUCAUCUGAGAGGGGAUCUGGACGGGCUUAUACAUCUGUUUCAACUACUGAAGACAAAAAUUUGAUCUCAUGGCAUCACUCAGAUGGUGUAAGCAAUGUGGAACUCUCUAACAUAGGCAACCCCGUUGACCACGAAAUGAUGAAAGAAGAUGCAGCCUUGGAUGGACUUAAGGUUUCUCAGGCUAUGUCUAAGGAGUAUGUCAAAGUAUUGAAAACGGCGACAUUGGAAGACACAGUAAAACUGAUUGUGGAAAAUCGCCAAAGUUGUGCUCUUGUAGUUGAUAGUGAUGAUCUUCUAGAAGGAAUUCUUACUCUCGGUGAUGUACAGCGUGGAAUAUCCAAGGCUUCAGAUGGUUCAAGGGGUGAUGCAACAGUUCUUGCUGUGAACAGCAGUAGUCCUGUGUCAGCUGUCUGUACCCGAGGAAUAAGAUACCGUGGAAGUGAGCGUGGGCUUCUGGUUUGCUACCCUGACACAGAACUUCUUAUUGCCAAAGAACUCAUGGAGGCUGGUGGCGUAAAACAGCUACCUGUAGUUAAGCAGGGUGGAAAUGAAAGGAAAGAGCAUAGACGCAGAACGGUUGCCCUUCUAUCAUAUGAUUCCAUCCGGCGUUGUCUAAGAGAAGAGUUGGAACAUCGGAAGUCCAUAUAUCAGCAAAGGACAGAGAAUGAUUUGGAAAUUAACAUUAAUGGUCACUGAUGAUAGCACAAGUUGGCUGAUAAACUCUUGUAGGGCUGAGCUUUGCAAGGUCAAGUUGGCUAAGUUUGGAGUAUCAAUCUGGUGAGUUGGUCUCAAAUAUCUGGCGAGUUAUGAGCAGAAUUCUGACUUUGAGCGGCGAGCGAGACUUUUCUCAUGGAUUGACCAUCACGCUGGAGUUGCAAUGCAGAUUGCUUUCAGCCAUAUAGUGCCUUGAUCAAUCGAAAGAUGCACUUAUGUAUGUCUAAUGGGGACAUAUCGCUUCAUGCCUCUUAUUAUACUCAAAUGAGGAUGCAAAUUUUGGUUAUGAAACGCCAAUCCACACAUGUAAAGAUACAAUUUCAAAUAGUCUCGUCGUCCUUUAUCUUUGUUUAUUUUUCCUUCUUCCUUUUUUUUUUUUUGACCUUCUUCCCACCUUAAAGUGUAUACAAAUGAGUGCUUAAAUUUUGAGCUCGAGCUUAGAAGCUGUUUUUUUUUU